AUGUCGCCAGCGUCACGCCUUUACAUUUCGGCGAUCGUCUACGUCGUAUCCAUUUAUUCUGACGGGCCGAUUUAUCAAGAAGUUGCAGCCCUACGGUCCGCUGCAAAGGCAGUCCACGAGCGUAAGUCCUCUCCUAGCUAUAAAGCCUCCCCCCUCCAGCACUCGGCUACUCCAAAAGUCGAGCUCAAAGACAUCAUGGGCAUUGUCGGAUCUGUUUAUGAUGCUCCUGCCAACAUCGAGAAACGCGCCAUCUUCAUCUACGUUUCACCUAGUGGCUCCGACUCCAACUCUGGGACCUCGACGUCCGCGCCACUGUUGACUAUCCAAGCCGCUGUGAAUAAAGCGGUCGCUGGUGAUACCAUCUUCCUUCGAGCGGGAACAUAUGCGCCAACAAAAAACAUUCAGAUCACCAAGUCAGGAACCGCGGCUUCUCCCAUCACCCUCAAGAAUUAUAAUGGAGAGAAGGUAGUCAUAGACGGAGAGAAUAUGCCCUAUACCCCCGCCGCAUUAGGUGCCAGCCUGCCCAACGCCGACAGGGGGGCUAUUCAUAUUGAGGGUGCCAACUAUUGGAUCAUUGAAGGUCUAGAGAUUAUCCAUGGUGCCUAUGGCCUUUACGCUAGAGAUUCCAGCAACAACAUCUAUCGUAACUUGAUCACCAGGGACAACUACGAAUCUGGACUUCAGAUUCAGGGAACAGCUUCGUAUAACCAGGUGAUCAACCUAGAUUCUUAUGGGAACCGAGAUCCCCGUAAGAACGGCGAGUCCGCGGAUGGACUAGCCAUCAAAGAGGGGUCGGGUGUCGGUAAUGUCGUGCGAGGGGCACGUCUCUGGAACAACGCCGACGACGGAUUCGAUGCCUGGGAGUUUGCCUCUCCAAUCUACGUCGAGAACAGCGUCGCUUGGGGUAAUGGCUUCAAUAGAUGGGGCUUCACCGAUUUCGUGGGUGAUGGAAAUGGUUGGAAGGCAGGAGGAAACGGCGUUGCAGGAAAUCACAUUUUCAACAAUACAAUGGCAUUCUCGAACGCCGUGACUGGCUUCGUUGACAAUAAGAAUCCAGGCAAGAUCACGUUCAUCGACUGCACAGCUUGGAAUCAUACCAGCGCGGGGUUCAAAGUCACUUCUUCCCCAAGUGUUCUCAAAGCCAAUCUGGCGGUGAAGAACAACCCGAAUUCAAACCUCGGUAGCGCGGUCAGCCAGUCGGGGAACUCGUGGAAUAUCGGAGGGACCUGGACGUUGCCAAACACGAAUCCUAGUGUGAUCACUGGACCCAGAACAUCGGCCGGUUUGAUCCCAUCCACCAACUUCCUAGUCCCAAGCGGCAGUACGGUUGGAGCGAGCUUUGUGUAG